AUGGCUGAUAUCGAAAAAUAUCCCGCACCCGCGGAAGAGCCCUCCAAGGGCCAGGGGUACGACGCGGAUGGGGUGUCCAACCCAUUCGUCAAUGCCGAUAAGUUAUCGCGUCGGCUGUCCGCACGCCAGGUGCAGAUGAUCGCCAUUGGCGGUACUAUCGGCACGGGUCUGUUCUUGGGCACAGGCGAGUCACUCGCGACAGGCGGGCCUGCGUCGAUGCUCAUUGCAUAUGCCAUUUGCGGCGGCAUUGUGUUUGUGACAAUGCUGUGUCUGGGCGAGAUGGCUGCAUUCGUUCCCGUGGCCGGAUCCUUCUGUACCUAUGCGGGGCGGUUUGUUGAUGAUGCGCUUGGCUUUGCGCUGACUUGGAACUAUUGGUUCAAUGAUGCCGUUUCCACUGCGUCGGAUAUUAUUGCCCUCCAGUUGCUAUUGCAGUUCUGGACCGACAAUUUCCCUGGCUGGGGCAUCAGUUUAAUCUUCUUGAUCGUUGUGAUUGCGCUCAACCUCCUGUCCGUUCGGGUAUAUGGCGAGGUUGAAUAUUGGUUGAGUUUACUCAAAGUGAUCACUAUUGUGAUCUUUAUCAUCCUUGGUAUAGCCGUCAAUUGCGGUGGAAACACCCAACACGAGUACAUUGGCGGCAAAUACUGGCACAUUGGGGAUGCACCAUUUGUUGGCGGCAUCGGAGGCUUCGCCUCGGUGUUCGUGACCGCUUCCUUUGCCUACGGCGGUACUGAAUCGAUUGCUAUCACGGCUGGUGAGACCAAGGAUCCCGCCAAGAACCUGCCGAAGGUUGUGCGCAAUGUCUUUUGGCGUAUUGUGCUCUUCUACAUUCUAUCAAUCUUGAUGGUCGGCCUGAAUGUGCCAUACACGCACAACGGCCUUUCAAAUGGCGACACCCGCACCAGUCCGUUCACCAUUGUCUUCGAAGAAGCCGGCAGUGCCAUUGCGGGCAGCUUUAUUAACGCUGUGAUCAUGACCUCGGUUAUUUCCGCUGCCAACCACGCACUCUUCGCUGGCUCACGAUUGCUGUAUACACUCGCCGUUGAUGGAUACGCACCUCGCUUCUUUGGUAGUCUAAAUCGCUUCCAUGUGCCCUGGGUUGCUGUUCUUGGCACCUCCGUGAUUAGUGGGCUGUGUUUCGGUGCCAGCUACAUCGGCGCGGGCAAGCUAUGGUCGUGGUUACAAAAUAUCGUCGGCGUCUCCAACCAACUCUCUUGGAUCUGUAUCUGCCUCGCUUCCCUCCGCUUUCGGUCCGCUAUCCACAAGCAAGGCCUGGAACAUCUUCUCCCUUUCAAAAAUUGGACAUAUCCUUACGGUCCUAUUAUAGCCGUCGGCUUGAAUAUUGUGUUAGUCCUCGUCCAGGGAUGGAAGUGCUUCAGCCCGCAUUUCCAAGGUGUCGAUUUCGUCUCAUACUACAUUGAGAUUCCUAUUAUGAUUGUCAUGUUUUUGGCAUGGAAGAUCAUCAGACGCACAAAAUUUGUCAGGACAUCUGAGAUGGACUUGCAAACUGAUCGGUAUGACUUGGGUAGCGGACAGGCUGUGCAGGUUCUACAAGAAACGGACAGGAAAAGCCGCCUGCUGGCCAAGGUGGAGCGAUUUGGACAAUGGCUGUUUUUGUAG